AUGACGAAGGAGUCGCUCGACUCGGAUCGAGUCAAUUACAUGAUCUGGAGAUACCUCAUAGAUUCAGGUGCGUGUACAACCCAUCUCAUCUCGACAGGAGAUGUUGUCCUUCCUUCCCCCUUUUCUAUCCUAACAGCAAUUUCAUCAGGUUAUCAAGAGACUGCUGUCCGCCUCCAAAAGGAGUGGAACGUCCAAGAUCCGCAGUCACUCUCAUGUGCGCCCCACGUACCGAAUCAUGCACUAGUAGUCCUCCUCAACAGAGGCCUGGUGUACACUGCAAUCGACAGAGAACUUGCAGAGGUAACCGCCGAAGGCGAUGCGGUAGCGGUGACCGGGUUUUUUGGUCCCUUAACGCCAACAUCGUCAACUUCGGCAGCACCAGCUGACGACGAGGAUUUCGAAAAUGUCCGAAAACGACAAAUCGACAACGAACAGCCUGCUAUGAGCAAUGGUCCGCCUCCCAAGCGACCACGUCUGAGCAAUGGCUACGAAAAUGGCUUUGAUGCUAAUGCUAUGGAAGUAGAUGAGGAGCAGAACGGCGACGAGCACGCAUAUCCGUCGCCGGAGCAGCUGCCAUCUCCCGUUGUGGCCACAGUUGGUCCUGAACAGGGCACACAGAUUGACAAAGUCAACGAACUCUCGACAGAAACGGUCUUCCUCGAACUGUCAGACGACCAGGCCUCGAGAAAUGCGGUUUUGUUGCAGUGCGAGUGGAACCCGCGAGAUCCAAAGAUCUUGGCAGCUGCGGGUACCGAUGCACUAGCACGCAUGUGGACCCUUGAGCGUACGGCGGCCGAUUCAGAGCCAGAUGCGCAGGGGGGAAAGCCUCAAUUUCAACCUCAUCACAGCUUAUUGCCUGGCAGCGCCUCGCCUACGACGACUGUCACGGGACUCGCAUGGUCCAGCGAUGGAGCAAGUUUAGCAGUAUCAAGUGAACCUGUUGAUGAUGGAACCGCAAAAAUCGACUUCUGGACGGUUGAAGGCUCACCAUUUGCUUCAUUUAAUACGUUCGAGUCGCCAAUCAUAUGUCUUCGGUGGAACCCUUCAAACACAGCAUGUCUGUCGAUAUCACCAGAUAAAGGAGGGACUGAGACUGUCGUCACCAUUAUGAGCCCGACCAACGAUGAGGCUAUUAAAUAUAUUUUACCUCAGCACAACCUGCACGAACAGGUACUCGAUGCUGUGUGGACCUCGAAUGAGGAGUUUGUGAUCAGUGGCGGAGACUUACUUCAAGGACUGCAUUGCGUAGAGUCUGUCAUUUCGCCAUCAAGAAAGUUCGAAACCCGAGAAGGCCAUUCUAUUGCGAAAAUUACAUACGACUGGCGGUCUGAGUUGUUGGCUACAGCUAGCGAGACGGGUACCAUUGAUAUCUGGGAUCCUACUGGGCGGUGUCAAUCAUUUGACGCUCACCAAGGAAACAUUACCGCUCUAGCCUGGCAGCCUUUGCCUUUCCCUGUCGCCGUUGGCGAAGAAUCAGAACGACUCCUAGUAUCCAGUGGCGAGGAUGGAGCUAUCAGCAUGUGGAACGCUCGCUCUACCGAUUCGAAACCUAGAUCGAUGACGAUGGGCUCAGCAGUCGUGUCUUUGGCUUUCACGCCGGACGGUGCAUUCCUAGCUGCUGGUACAACUGAUAGAAUCUUCAUUUGGAAGGUCGACGAUCCGGUUGCACCAAAAGCGAGUUGGCUUCGGAGUGAUCAAUCGGGCUGGCGUACACCCAUGUCUCAAGAUUCUGCUGGUGAUGAGAACCAAUACUCUCUAUCUUGGGAUGCUCAUGGUCAGAAGCUUGCUUAUGGUGCUGGCAACUCGCUUGCCAUCAUCAACUUCCGACGAUGA